AUGCCAUUCAUCGGCUCUGAGCACUCUUCCCUUCGGCCUCCACCUCCUACUCUUCCUGCUCCUUUUCCGGCGCAAUCACAGGCUAACAAAGAUACUUUUCAGAAACGACUCCAAGCUCUAACUGAAGGAGCAAAAGAGAUUUGGACUUACGCCGUUGCGGCUGAGCAAGAGCAUCGGAGGAGAGUGAUUCAAGAGCUCAACUCUUUGAUUUUCGGCAGAGGAGGAGGAACGGUUAACGGUGGUGGCAGCUCCGAUGAAGCAGGAGACGAAGAAGUCACAGACCUUGAAUGGUUCUUCUUGGUUUCGAUAACACAGAGCUUUAUCAACGGCUCUGAUUUGCCUGGUCAAGCUUUCUCGAACUCGCAAACGAUUUGGCUCUACGGGUUAAAUACGUUAGCUGGAUCAAGCUGCGAGAGAGCUCGUCAAGAGACCGUGUGUAUACCGGCAGAAAAUGGCGUCGUUGAGCUUGGUUCGUCAGAGAUUAUACAGCAAAACUCAGAUCUGGUUGAUAAAGUCAACAGCUUUCUCAAUUUCAACAAUGGCGGAGGAGGAGAGCCAGGUUCUUGGGCAUUUAAUCUGAACCCAAAUCAAGGAGAGAAUGAUCCAGCUAUGUGGAUCAGUGAACCCAAUGUCACCGGAAUCGAACCGGGUCUUGUAGCUCUGGCGAUAAACCCCGGUAAUAACUCGACUUCAAACUCAGGUUCCCACACAAUUUCGAAGCUUUGUAAUGGGAGCUCAGUGGACCCUAGUAACCAGCUAAACCACGUCGUGAGCUUUAAGACAGGAUAG